AUGCCGGAUUUGGCUUUGGUGACUGGAAGUCUAGCCAAGAGUGCCGACGGCGCAUCAGCUUCGAGUGCGAAGCUAGAAAAGCACACUGGCUGGCUCAAGUGUUCUGCUGAACCGCAGGACUCUCAUUAUAUCAUACGGUCACGUUCAAAUCCGGACGGCAAGUACUUCGAUAUGGACUUUGGUUUUGACGCAGAGGGAAGAAAGGUGAGAUCAACAAAUGGCAACAUUCUGCCAGAUCCAAUGCAUCCCAACCGCUAUUUCAUGGUUGCGCAUCAUACAGGCUACAUGAAUGGCUCGGUCUUUCGCGAAGUCUAUUGCGAGGCAGAAUUCAAAGGGCACGACUUGGUCUGUAUAGCAGAGGCCAAGGCACUGUCAGUCGGCCCUACGGACUCAAAUAAGUGCAAAUCAUACGGGUGGAUGAACUAUUACAAGGGACCUCACGACGCGCGAGUCAGCUGGAGCCCUACAACACCUUACAUUGUUUAUGGCACGCAAUCUCAGUUCUGCUGUUUCGGCCAGUACAUUCACGAUCUGCGCGCUUUGAUGCCAAUACGAGAAGCCGAGCCUCAGUUGCUUGAGGAUUUUGCAAUAGCGACGGAAUUGCAGAGGCCUGCACCGUGGGGAGAGUUUGAAAAGAAUUGGUUCCUCUUUUAUGUUGACGACCAGAAAUUUGUGCAUCAUGAUGUGUAUCCAAAACGCUCUUUUGCCAAAUUGGAGGCUGAUGGAUCGGUGGGAGAGCAAUUAAGUGGAGACCUUCGGGAUGAGGCAUGUAUCAGCAAGCUCAUGCCGGAGCUGGUGCAAAGUCCAGGUUCCCCGGAGCAUGCUUCUAUUCACCAAAGUACGAAUUCCUUAUCCGUCACACUGUGCAAUCGGGGAGAAUGUACGCCGAGCAAGGACAAUACCGUCAUUUUGACAAUCUUUCAGUUGAAGGAGUUGCGAUAUUACCAUCCAACCUAUGAGCCCUACGUGAUGCUCAUCCAACAGCAAGCUCCUUACAGAAUCCAUGGCAUUGCCAAAUUGCCAUUCUGGGUCCAUGGACGCGGACGCGAGCCAUUUCCUGAGUGGAAGGGCGAAGACCCCUCAGAAUUCACGCAAAUGUUUUACAUUGUCUCGGUAUCUUGGAAGUCAAGGACACAGCGGUACCAGGGCUUUCUGGAUGAUGAACUCUUCGUCAGCUUUGGUAUCGAAGACAAUUACACUGCUUCGAUAGAUGUGCGGGCGCAUGACCUAGUACAAUGCAUCGGGCUCUGCUCUGAUAUCUCUGUGGGUCAAGCGGAUGAGACUUUGGCACAGACCACGCCGCUACCAGUUCUUGAGCCUAUUGUAUAA